GUCCAUACGUGGGGCAGGGCUAUGAAGGAAAAGGGAAAGCUGAUGAAGAAGAAUUGUGAGAAUGAGCCCAAAUAUUUGUUGUCUUUGUAAGUUAUUCAGAGAAGAUGAAAAUGAAAUCACUUCUAAAGUGUCAUUGGAAGAAGUGCUACAGUGGUCCCAAUCUUUUGAAAAGCUGAUGACUACUAAAUAUGGACCUAUAAUCUACAAGACCUACCUGAAGACAGAAUACAGUGAUGAGAACAUUGAAUUCUGGCUUGCAUGUGAAACUUACAAGAAGAUUGAAUCUCGGAGGAAAAGGAUUUCUGUAGCCAAGAGAAUUUUUAAAAAUUACAUUCAGCCCCAGGCGCCUAAAGAGAUUAACAUUGAUAGUCCUGCAAGGGAAGCUAUUCUCAGGAAUAUUCAAGAACCAACUCAAUCCUGUUUUGAUGAAGCUCAGAGAAUAGCUUACAUGCACAUGGAAAGGGAUUCAUAUCCCAGGUUUCUUGGAUCAGAAAUCUAUCAGAAACUCAAACACAGGCCUCCAGACUGACAGAAAUGACUCUAUACAUUAGAGAGAGAGAUUAAGGAUUUAGCAGAAGAGACUUCCUUUUGGUUUAUUAAUGUUUUCAAAUGGUAAAAAAAGAACAGAAGAAAUCAGACAAUGGAUGAAUUUUCCUUCCAAAGAAUGGUAGUUUGUUCUUAUGCAGAUAUUAGAGCUGAACAUAAAAUACUUUCCACCCUCCAUCCCCACCCUCCUGGUGGAAUAUUUCAGCUUUAUGUCAAAAAAUUGAAAGCCACUUUUAGUUCACCUCAAUCUGUCUGGAAUUUUAAAAAGUCGUUACAGGGAAGAAACCUAGAACCCUACUCACUCACCACAAUCCAUGGGAAAUUAGCUGACUCCUGUCCUUCUCCUACCAGCUAGGGAAGACUAGUUCCACACUCUCAUCAACAUCCACCACUAUCCAAGCGAAGCCACUUUAUUUAAGAAUACAAGUGCUGAGGUUUAGAAUGAUAGUUACUGUACAGUAUUCUAAACUCUAUAAUUCACAAGCUAAAAUUCAGCACAUUGUCCAGUUAAUCAGCUCAACAGUCUCAAGUGUAAAGGGAAACACAUGCCCAUUACAUUUGAUUACACAAAAAAUACAUUCGUUUUCAGAAGGCUCCAAGGAUAGUUGUAAUUGUAGCCAGGCGUGUUUAAGCUACUGUGCAUGUUGUGCCCAAAUGCUCUUGGAUUAAUAAAGUAAGAUACAAAGCAGGUUGUCAAACCUUAGAGGAGAGAUAUGGAAUGCUUUUGUUUAAUAAGUCAUGUUGGGAAUGGCUUCAUAGAUCUGGCUAGCCAGGUGCAGAUGGUAGAAAAUAAACACCUAGAUUAGUUCUGCAUGACUUGUGUUUUCACAGCACUAUACGACGUUUAUUAUGGCUAGCCCUAUAUUUCAUGCCACUUACAUUUUCGCAGAUUCACCUGAUCGGCCUGUUCACUGCACUAUUCAAAAGUGUAGCUUUUGCCCCUUUAUAAUUAGAAUGUUUACGUCACUAUCAGGCCCUCACACAACAAAUGUAUCCAAAUGAAAAUGUUUCUUGUAAAUCUUUCAUCUAUAAAACCUAGAAGGGAAACAAUGGACUACUGUGAGCUGUUGGAUAAACAGAAUACAAAUCCUUCUCUUGGGUAAUGGAUUGGAUUAGUGAGAAGUGGUGCUAUCCCCAAUUAUAAAAUAAGAUACUACUAGUUUUCACCUGAGCAUAACAUGUUCUAAUAUCUAAACUAAUUAUAAGCUCUCUCUCACACACUAAAUUAUAAGUGAUUCUGUUGUAUAACUAAAGCUUUUCAAGUGUCUUUUAAAUCAAUAUUUUCCAAUAUAAAAUAUCAGGCUGUGAUCAAGUCCAAUCUGACAAACUAAGCAUUGGUGAUCUGUAUGCAUUUCGGAGAUCUCCAACAGAAAUCUAGGUGCUACAGGGAGAGUUGCUGAUGUUGUAGGUGGCCUUCUCCAUCAGUACCGACCUAAUACCAUUAUCAUAGGCCCAUCAUUCUCUGGAUACUCCUCCUAGUCCCCCAACUCCAUAUUUGAUAUCCAUAAAUCAGCAGCCCUCUCUCCUCCAUGGUCAGCAACCAGCCUUGCUCAGCAUAUUAUUUGACAGAGCUUGUGUGCUUCCUUUUUGCUGUCAGAAAUUACUCUGUAUCUGCCAUGUCUCUUCAGCUGCUACUAGUCCAGCUCCUUUUGGCCUCUGCUCAGGCUGGUUUUUAGUGACUGUGAGAGUUUCCUCUACAGCAGAUAGUUUUCAGCAGUAGCUCCCCAGCCCUCUCCUUCAUUUGGGAUUCAUGUGGGCUAGUUUGAAACUAUCUUGUUAAUAAAACUAUGCUCCAAAAGGGAGGACUUGCUAACCUUACAAGUGUGUCACUUUGAGGUGGGUAUGGACCAGUUUACAUUUUAGAGAGAUUCUCCUACAACAAUUGCCCCCAAGCUCAUGGUACAAGGAGCACACUGCCAAGUUUCUGAAAGGGCUUAAUGUACCGUAACUGAUACCCACAAUGGGGUCGCUUACAGUAGUGCAGUGAGGCUGGGGCCAUUCACAAUACAACAUCCCUGACACUUGGGAAAGAAUGUGAUCCAUAGGGAUGACUAUGAAAAAUUACAGUUAAUAAUCAGCAUUAUUGUUUGGCCUAAAACAUGCUCAUCUUAUGGCUAUUUUAUUCAAGAUACAUUUAAAAUUCCUCUUUCUAGAAUGAAACUUUAGGGUUUGUCUAUUUAAUAUUAAAAUGCAGAGCUUCUUCUGUCAGGAAACGACUAAAGGUUUCAGAGUUUGUUUCUUUUCUCUAUUAAACAGCUUAGUCCUAUGAACUGGAAACAUGGCAAUUUAUUUCUCUCUGGAUUCCCUUUCCUCAUUAGUGGAUGAACAAUCACAAUGCUUUUCAUCAGGUCAUACGGUUCGUAAUAACAGUAACUAAUGGCAGCAAGAACAAACCACUGACCUCAUGCAUUUAUCAUUGUCAGUAGUAGCACUUGAACAGCUAGUUUAGAUGUACUUUCCAUUUGCGUACAGCAUUCAGAAAUAUAUGUCAACAUUAAUCAUUAUCAGUUGAAGGACUACUGUUAAGAAAGAAAAUUAAAUCUAAAACCCUGUAACCUUAGUAGUCAAUUCUCCCUCUUUAUUCUUCAACUGUUUACUUAACAGGUAAGAACAAAAGUAAAAGAUUUGAAGUGAUAAAUAUGGCAAAUAUUCAAACACAAUGUAAGAGAUUAAUAAGUAUGUCAAGUUAAA